AUGGCGACGGCAUUAGCGUCCGCAAGGACGGGCGCGUCGCGCGCCGUUCUCCUAUCCUCGAAACCUCCGACAACUGCCGCGAAAUCCCUGAAGGGCUCGAAGCUCGCCGAUGCGAUGCACAGGAGUCUGUAUCCGCAUUUGUACCAGCAAGGCGGCGGCUCAGCGCCCAACAGGAAGAUCAGACAACAAAUGGGGACUAUGAAGAGGUACAAGCAGGUCGAGGCCGAGCGGGAAGCAAGAAAGGUGUCGUGGUUCCGAAAUAAGACGAGAACGUCGAGCAUCAAUAAGCUCGCUAUGCAGCCCCAGAAACCGCGUGCCAUCAAAAAAGCAUGUCCCGACCCCGUUGCCGCAACCACCGCUUCACAGCUCGCGUUGCACGAUUCCACGGGCGCCCGCACCCGCCUUUUCGACCGCACAAACCCCGAGUGCGCCCGCGUUGGUGAUAUCCUGCUCGUGCGGCAGCGGACCGGCGAGCCUUUCGCCGGCGUCUGCAUCAACAUCCGACGGCGCGGCAUCGACACCGCCAUCCUGCUGCGCGGCCAACUGACUCGUGUGGGUGUCGAGAUGUGGUACAAGGUGUACUCGCCGCUGGUGGAGGGUAUCGAGGUUGUGCAGAGGGCGCAGAGGAAGGCUAGGAGGGCGAGGUUGACGUACAUGCGGAAGGAGAAGCAUGACAGGGGUAGUGUGGAGAACGUUGUGAGGGUGUAUCUGAGGCAGAAGGCUGCGUUGGGCAGUGCGGAGGGAGGCAAGAAGAAGGGUGCUGCUGCCGCUGCGGCAGCCGCGGGUGGGAAAAAGAAGGGCAAUGCGAGGGGAAAGAAGCGAUAG